GGGAGCUGCAUUAUUGUCCUUCAUGUCGGCUGCUUCUGAAAAACGUAGGGAGCUUUCUUGGUAAAGGAGUUUACUUUAAAGAACUAAACUGCGAGUUUGAUCGCCGUUCACGAAACUAGAGAGUUGAAGUACCGGAACAAGAUAUGACACUGGAAGUUGCAGAGUUCCUCCGGCGCAAGUUCUUGAAGUCCAUUCAAGACGCGGAGUCUGAAAUAUCAGGUUUUAUGUUCGUCUCCCACUUCGAAGCAAUCAAAUGCUUCGUGGAAGAGAUACAAAUAAUCCGGGAGAUCAAGAUCACUCUGGGCUCCGGUGACGAGCUCUACCACAAGACCGUGUCUUUGCUCUACGAGCUCAACGACGCGUUGGCCGAGUGCCGAGUCAUGGCUAAAGAGUGCAACCAGCAGAAUAAGAAGCGCUUUUUCUUGUAUCAAUUGGUGAAUUACUCUAUCCGGAAGAUGAAGAAGCGACUCAACCAAAUGAAACGCAAGUUCGCGGCUUUGGUGGAAGAGGAGAAAAUGUAUUCCACUCUUGUAAUCUGUGACCAGGCGAGUCUAGACGGUGAGCCGGGGAGUGAGAUGGAGGACGACAGGACGAGUCGUAUCGGCGGCGAAACGAGUAUAGUCGGCGCUGAUGAGCAGGCGGAGAAGAUUGAGGGCUUGCUGUGUGGCGGUGCUUCGGCAGUUGGGAUAGUCGGCAUUGCUGGCGUAGGUAAGACCACUCUGGUGCAACAGGUUUUGAAUAGGCAGAGAGUGAGGGAUGAAUUUUCUCCGAUCAUUUUGUUAUGCUUAUCAGACAAAGAUAAUUAUGAAUCUACUAGUAGCAUCGGCAUUAGCAUUGUGACACGCAUUCUUGAUAAGUUGGGGGCUGCCGUAGCUAGUGGCGAUGGUAAUGGUAUCAUCGACCAUCUCAACGAUUCCAUAGUCGAUGAGGAGAGGGGUAUUGAGUGGCACUUGGCAAGGCUAUACCGGCUUUUAUCUGGUAAAAGGUAUUUGAUUGUGUUGGAUGAUGUGUGGCACAUUAGUGAGUUUUACUCGGAUUUAGGUUGUACAUUUCAGGGUCGAUUAUCUUAUGGAUUGCCUAAGGGUAGUGGUGGUGCUGUUAUUGUCACAACUAGGAAACCAGAAGUUGCUGAAUACAUGGUUGGCAGAAAGAACUUGAUUACUGUUAAGCCUCUGGACACCGAAAGCUGCUGGCGUAUAUUUAUGGAGACUAUCAAGGACAAUAAGGAAGUUUUAAAAAUGUCAACUCAUGAAACUUUGGACAAGAUUAAGAAUGAAAUUAAGGAUCAGUGUUACGGUCUACCAUUGGCUGCUAAGGAGCUCGCAGGAAUCAUUCCCAAACGCAUACGUGAGAUCGAGUCCAACCGCUUUUUGGAGGAGAUGUACAUACCUGAUGAAUUGCUUCAACCUGAUUUGGAUGUUGAACCUGCUAUUCAUAUACCAAAAUUUCCAGUAUUGGUGUUCGUUGAUAUGAAAAAUAUGAACAAUAAACGGCUUGGAGAAAAACUCCUCGACAAAUUUCGGUACCAUCUUAAUAAAAAGCAGGUUUUUGCUGUAUUGGAAGAUGAAUCUAAUACCAAGCAAAAAGUAAAAACACAUAAUCCUGAGAAGGUGCUAAAUGAUAUUUAUGGGACUUUUGAAAGCCUUAAGCGUAAAGGAUAUGGUUUUGCUGAUGAAAUUCAAAAGACAAUGAUGAUUAUAAUUGUUGGUGGUGAUUCUGUGGCUAACUGGAUUUUGGGAGUUAUUUCUGAUUUAAAAUUGCCGGAACUACCCUCCAUUGCUCCAAUACCAUUAGAAUCCAUUUCUCCAAUUGGUGGUAGCAUCUCAAACAACUUUGGAUGGACGAGCAUUUCUCCUGAUGAUCUAGUGAAAUUUUCCCUGCUGGAUGUGCAAUAUGCGAAAAAAAUGAAAACUGACAGCUGGCAUAUUCUCAUUAGGAUGAAAACCGCUAAUUGCUCUACAGCUAAUCAACAAAUACCUCAUUCUUUACAUCUAUGCCGUCCUGUUCAUGAAGAGGAUAUGCAAAAUGCGGAUAAUUUCAAAUUGUUUGGAGGAUUUUGGAACUACUUUAGCUUGGAAGUUGAUGCUCUCCGACAGUAUGAAAAUCACUGCUGUCAUCCUAUCCAAAGGUCUUUAGCCAAAAAGAAUCCUAUUAACAGGACCUUGUCAUCAGUUGCAAAUAUAAAGGUUAUGAAACAACUCGGCCAGUGGGAUAAUCUUGAUAUUACUUGCGGCAUCAGGUCAAUCCUUUGUUUUAACUUGUCUAGACCUCGGAUUAUGAAGAAAGAUCGAAAAGAGAGAGAACCGUUUCCGUCUUUCAUAGAUGAUGGGCAUCUUCAAAUUAUUGGUUAUAAAGAUGUAUUAUUUCCUCUUAGUGAAGGUUCUGUUCACCUAGCCCAGGUUCGAGGAAUUCGUUUCGAGUUUAUUGAAGGUGAAGAAGAGGAUGUGAACAUGACAGUUGACGGAGCACAAUGGGAAAAUAUCCCCCUUGUCACCGGCCUUGAUGAUACUGGUAUCACUGUGAUUGAAAUAACUCAUAAUUGUCAAGUGAACAUUCUUGCGAAUCUCACCAAUCCAUACUGUGAUUGCCAAGUGAAAAGUAUCCAUGAUUCAUCAUCAUCUGACAUUCUGAUGCUUCUGAAAAUAGUGAUGAGAACAAUGCUGAAAACUAUUCCGAACAACAUAAGAAGUUUGGUCAAGCAAGCACUUUCAAACUUUCCUAUGCUGAUGAAGGGCACAUUACCCCUUGUGAAGCAAGCACUUCCGACGUCCUCUAGAUCUAUAGCUGUCUUAAUUUUUUUUUUUUGUAUGUAGUUAC